CGACGUACUUGUUGAUUUAGAUGAGAUUUGUAUUUUUAUUUAAAUCUUUUCAAUUCUUUUAGCGAUUUGUUGUAAUUAAAUAUCUGAAUAACAUGGAAGGUUUUGACGAUCCUGGAGUGUUUUUCUCCGAUAACAUUGCGCUCGAUGAGAAUCGAGAAACUCGCGUGAAUCUUCAGCACUCAAAGAGGAAGUUCAAAGAAUUUAUUCGUCAGUUUCACGAGGGUAACUUUAAUUACAAAUAUCGAGAUACAUUGAAACGCAAUUAUAAUCUUGGACAAUACUGGUUAGAAAUUAAUUUGGAAGAUUUAGCUGCGUUUGACGAAUCUCUCGCUGAAAAGAUACACAAGCUUCCGACGGAGUAUCUACCCGUUCUGGAAGAAGCUGCAAAAGAUGUAGCCGACGAGCUCACAGCACCUCGACCCGAAGGUGAAGAAAAAAUAGAAGAUAUUCAAGUGCUCUUAUGUUCGGAUGCUCAUCCAACUCUCUUAAGAGGAAUGAAGCCAGAUAUUGUUUCUAAGCUUGUUAAGAUACCUGGUAUAAUUGUUUCUGCAUCUGGCGUUAGCGCUAAGGCUACAAAAAUUGCUAUACAGUGUCGUUCUUGCAAAGUUACGCAAGUUAAUAUUUCUAUCAAACCAGGUCUGGAGGGAUAUGCAUUACCUAGAAGAUGUAAUACGGAACAAGCAGGUCGACCAAAAUGUCCUCUAGAUCCUUUCUUUAUAAUGCCAGAUAAAUGUCACUGUGUGGAUUUCCAAGUGUUAAAGCUACAAGAAUUGCCAGAUCAUAUACCACAGGGUGAAAUGCCCAGACACUUGCAAAUAUAUUGCGAUCGGUAUCUAUGUGAUAGAGUUGUGCCAGGCAAUAGAGUUCUCAUUCUUGGAAUAUAUUCCAUUAAAAAAGUAUCUAAAGCAAACAGCAAGAGUGCAGGCAGAGACAAAGCAUUAGUAGGUGUUCGAACACCAUAUGUCCGAGUACUUGGUAUCACUGUGGAUGGAGAAAAUACAAACAUUGGAACUCAGCCACCAGUUACAUCGGAAGAAGAAGAUUAUUUCGCGCGUUUAGCAGCGGAUCCUAAUAUAUAUGAGAGAAUUGCGAAGAGCAUAGCUCCGAGUAUUUUUGGUGCAGUAGACAUCAAGAAAGCUAUUGCUUGCUUAUUAUUUGGUGGAUCCAGAAAACUGUUGCCUGAUGGUCUAAGCAGACGAGGUGAUAUUAAUAUUUUAAUGUUGGGCGAUCCGGGUACUGCGAAAUCGCAACUAUUGAAAUUUGUUGAAAGAGUUGCACCCAUAGCUGUUUAUACAUCGGGAAAAGGUAGUUCGGCAGCUGGUUUAACAGCGUCUGUGUCGAGAGAUCCGGUAUCUAGGAAUUUUGUCAUGGAAGGUGGCGCGAUGGUUCUGGCGGACGGUGGUGUUGUUUGUAUAGACGAGUUUGACAAAAUGAAGGAAGAUGAUAGAGUUGCGAUACACGAAGCUAUGGAGCAGCAAACAAUAUCAAUAGCAAAGGCAGGCAUAACAACAACUCUGAAUACGCGAUGUUCUGUGUUGGCUGCGGCAAAUUCAGUCUUCGGUCGUUGGGAUGAUAUAAAAGGGGAAGAAAAUAUCGAUUUUAUGCCGACAAUAUUGUCACGUUUCGACAUGAUAUUUAUCGUUAAGGACGAACACGAACAUAACAAAGAUAUAACUCUAGCUAAACAUGUUAUAAAUAUUCAUUGUAACGCUGGCCAAAUCACAGAACAAUCGGUAGAAGGAGAGAUUCCUGUGCACAUUCUCAAGAAGUAUAUUAAUUAUUGCAGAACGCGUUGUGGUCCGAGACUUAGUGUGGAAGCGGCAGAAAAAUUAAAAAAUCGCUACGUAAUGAUGCGAGCUGGUACAAAAGAACACGAAAAAGAUUCCGAGAAAAGAUUGUCUAUACCUAUAACAGUUCGGCAACUCGAAGCUAUUGUGCGAAUAUCCGAAGCUCUUGCUAAGAUGCAAAUGCAACCUUUCGCUACUGAAGUCCAUGUUAACGAGGCUUUAAGGCUUUUCCAAGUAUCUACGUUAGAAGCUGCAAUGUCUGGAUCAUUAGCAGGAGCGGAAGGAUUUACCUCGGAAGAGGAUCAUGAAAUAUUGUCGCGCAUUGAAAAGCAAUUGAAAAACAGAUUUCCUAUUGGACAUCAAGUAUCUGAACAAAAUAUAGUAAAAGAUUUUCUUAAACAAUCAUUUCCAGAACGUGCUAUUUAUAAAGUCAUACAUACAAUGAUACGUCGCGGUGAAUUGCAACAUCGUUUGCAACGUAAAAUGUUGUACAGAUUGCAUUGAAAAACAUAUCUUCAAUAUACA